UCUACAUCUUCUCUCACUCGUCAAUACCAGUAAGCAAAUAGAGCUUCCCACAGCAGAAAAAAGAAGAAGAAAGAAAACACUUCCACUCAGCAUCAAAUGUCUGCUCUGGUUGUGAUCUCGGGCGGGCUCGUGGAGGCGCAGUACGAGUUCCCGCCGCUGUCCACGGUGAGAGAUGCCAAGGCCCAGAUCCAGUCCGACUACGCGGUCCCCAUCCGCCGCCAGAUCCUUCGCCGCCGAGGCCCAAACAAUUCACCCGUGGGCCCGGAGAUACUGGUGGACGCCCGCGCGCUUGAGUCGUACGGGAUUGGGCCCAACGGAUGGGCCCGGCUGGACCUGGAGGUGGUGAUGGACCGACUGGUGUCCGUGCUGGUGGUGGUGACGUCGCUGCAGCUGCCGGGGUGGCAGGAGGAGAUCCGGUGCCGGGAGACUGAGACGGUUUUGGAUUUCAAGGAGCAGAUCGCCUACAAGCUGGGGUGGGGCUCGCCGGCGGAGAUGGUGUUGCGCCACCGGAGGACGGUGAUGAGCUUGGACAAUGCUGCCGUGAUCCAGUACCUGGUCACCGACGGGAGCCGGCUCACCGUUGAGUUCCCCAAGAUGCCCGCUCCCCGCCCCCGUUUAUGAUUAGCUCGAGUCUCCGAUCCGGCGGUUUGUCUUCGUUUGAUUAGUAGUAGUAGUAGUACGUACCGAGGAUGAGAUGUUAGAGAGCAAGAGUAAUCAAGUGGCCCCAAAUUGAAGGUUAUUUCUAUUAUUAUUCUAUGAUGAUUAUCCAGUAAGUAGAUUAAUUGUCUCUAUAAAUUUAAAAUUGCAUU